AUGGAUAUUGAAUAAAAUUAUAACUAAAAUAACAACUAUUAUAAUAAUAAUUCCUAGUAUAAUAAUAAUUAGAGUAUUGAUGGCUAGAAUUAAUAUUAAGAAGAAUUUAACUAAUAAUUAUUUUAAAAGUAGAAUGAAGGGUUGCUAGGAAAUACUCGCCUUGGAUUUAUUCGUAAGGUCUACUUAAUAUUAGGUACCCAAUUACUAGUUACUGUUUUGAUGACAGUCGGAGCUAUGUACUCUCCAGGGUUCACCACAUUUUAAUAAAAUAAUUUAUGGCUAUUAUACACAUGUAUAGUAAUAAUGUUUAUUGUAGAAAUAGCUCUCUUCUGCUUCAGAAAUAUAGCUAAAACUGUUCCUAUAAACUACAUUUGCCUAUUUAUUUUUACAUUCUGCAUGUCAUAUUUUGUUAGCACUUGUUGCUCUCUUUUAAAUAAAUCAAGCGAAGAUGGAUAGAAAAUGAUUUUAGUUGCUGCUGUUAUGACCUUUGGGAUAGUAGUUGCUUUAACAAUUUAUGCUUUUAAAACUAAAACAGACUUCACUAUUUUGGGUGGCUUCCUCUUUUGUUUUGUGAUAAUUCUUAUUAUAUUUGGUAUAUUUUUAGUUUUUACUUAUUCAAGAGUAGCUUACAUUGUGUAUAGUGCUCUUGGAUGCUUGCUCUACUCCCUUUAUCUGAUUUAUGAUACCCAACUAAUUAUAGGGGAAAAAAAAUAUUCACUAGAUAUUGAUGAUUACGUGAUCGGAGCUUUAAUGCUUUAUAAUAAUAUUAUUUAUAUAUUCUUUGAAAUUUUAAGAAUCUUUAGAGUUUUGAGCUUAAAAUGA